AUGCCUGCUUCAAGGUCACAAAAAGCCACUUCUUACAGGGUCAAGCAGCUCACUUCGCAGUGCACAAAUUCUAGCUUGAAAUACCAUCAGUUACCUAUACGCGGAAAGCCGCCAUCCCUUCGAGCUCGAGCUGGACGCGCACGCAAACUGGCCAACGGCGAUCGUACAGGAGAAGAGCUGAACGAAGGUGAAGAAGCUAGACAGGGUCAGUCAGAUAGUGGGUCCGAAGCUCCUCUUGCAGAUAAAAGACCCGACACUCAAGGGAAAAAGAAGAACAAGCCUAAGCUGCACCCUCAGGAGCGCAUAAACCAGCUGUGGGCGAAUUUUGGCCCAGAACAUCUCGGGAAAAUUACGAAGAUCUUGCCUGACACGGUUCCCAGCGUGGACCAGACCAGAAAACCCAAAGGAAGUCUCAAUGCGACCAACACCUACAACGAAGCAAGAUCUCGUUGCGAAGAUGCUGUGAAAAGGAUCGUGGCAGAAUGUAUUGCUUCAAACACGAAAUACAGUGACCUCUUCAACAUUGAGGCAGACCUCAAGGUCAAUAGAAGAAGAGACUUCCUCGACGGUUUGUUACAAGAUCCCGAUAAUCGUUUUGAGCCGAGUGAUGUGAAGAGAGUAUCAGAUAUUUUUGACAAGCCAACCUUCUUCUCUAAUGGCGCUACCUCCGACGACAUCAUCCAAGGUGCCAACGGCGACUGUUGGUUGAUGUCUGCCUUUUCCAUACUCAGCUGUUCGAAAGAACUUGUGGAAAAAGUUUGUGUUAUACGAGAUCAAGAUGUCGGCGUGUAUGGCUUUGUUUUCUAUCGCGAUGGUGAAUGGCAUCCUACUAUCAUCGACGACAAGCUCUACCUCGGUGCCGAGGCAUUCGACGAAGGUGUCAACGAUAUGCUUGCAACCUGGGGUAAAGAACAAGAGCAAAAGUAUACAGAACUGUUUCAACGAGGCUCACGAGCUCUCUACUUUGCCAAGUGCAGGGACGAGAAUGAGACAUGGGUUCCACUUCUCGAAAAAGCUUUCGCCAAGGCACAUGCCGGGUAUGCUGAGAUUCAGGGCGGUCAGACUGGGGAGGGCGUCGAGGAUCUAACUGGUGGAGUCACCACAGAGAUCUAUACUACCAACAUUCUUAACAAGGACAAGUUCUGGACGAACGAGCUUCGCCAAAUGGGUAAGGAAUUCUUGUUCGGCGCCAGCGAUGCUCUCUACCGUGAAUGGCGCGGCUAUUCUGAGGACCACCCAUAUUUGGCUGAUCUGCGCAAAGAACGAAGGAACAGCCUAAUUGAUCGCCAUGCUUAUGCUGUGCUCGAUACCUACGAUGACUUCGGAGAGCGUCUAGUCAAAGUCCGUAACCCUUGGGGCCGUGCUGAGUGGUCUGGAGCCUGGGCUGAUGGUUCGUCUCAAUGGACUGCAGAAUGGCUACAGAGAGUGGGUCACAAGUUUGGUGAUGAUGGUGUCUUUUGGAUGAGUUAUUCCGAUUUCCUCAACCAUUUCAAACACAUCGACAGGACACGCCUAUUCGAUGAUUCCUGGUAUACAUCACAAACAUGGGCGUCCAUGCAAGUACCCUUUAGCAACCUUGAAUACCAGCAGACAAAAUUCAUCAUAGAUGUGCCGGAGGACACCGAGACAGUCAUCGUGCUUUCUCAGUUGGACGAUCGCUAUUGGCAGGGCUUGGAAGGCCGAUAUGGCUACCGUCUACAGUUUCGAGUCAGUACGGUAAACAACGAAAACGAGUAUAUCGCUCGCAGUAGGCCGAACUAUGAGCUCAGAAGGUCUACCAAUGUCGAGCUUUUCUUGGUUAAAGGCAGAUAUACUGUGUUCGUCAAAAUCGAAGCCCAAGAUUGGGGUCGUCCAAAUGCUGAAGACGUUAUCAAAGGUAAUCUUCCAGACCGCAAGGAGAAGGUUAUUACCAUUGGACGUCUGUACGACCUAGCACAUCAGAAAGGCCAACCCCCAGCAGAAGAAGGUAGUGAUGAUACUAGCAACCAAAAGGUCACAAGUGGUGAAGGUAAUUUAUCAGAGCCCGAGCAGAAGGACGCUGGCGAGUCUGGACCAGCAGUGCCACUUUCCAUUGAUGUCAAGGCUGCACCCUUGCCAAAUCCUCUUCCAGUUGUCAUUGUUGAGGCUCCAAAAGCUCAAGAUUCAUAUUCCGACGACGAGGAGGAGGACGAAAAAGAGCCUUGGAAUGCAGCCUGUGUGGUUGGACUACGUGUCUACAGCAAACAACCUGAUCUCACCGUGAAUGUAGUCUGGCCACCAAAACCAAAGCCUGCGGAAGACGUGAAGCCAAAGACACUAGACCGUGACGAUAUUACUAAGGCCCCUCAAAUAGAAGCUGAGAGGAGUGCCAAGCAGGGACCUGAAGAGAAUCUGGAAGAACCGACCAACGAGGUCACUGAAGUCAAGGAGGACAUCGAAAAGGAAGAUGAAAAGGUUGUGGGAGACAUAAAUGAAGAUAAGAACGGUCUUCCAACAACCACAACGUCGACAUGA